AUGUGGUCAAGGCUACUGCUCACAUUGACUGGCAAUUCAUGUAGCAAUCCGCCGCUGCCUGGUCUCUCCUGGUGCGGAUUUUCUACUCCCAAUCCAGCCAAGCUCCCCAAUGCUGCCGCAUUCUUCCACACCAUCCCUCUCUCUCCAAGGUUAAUUCUCCUGCGUGGUGGACACUCGGCUUCAGUAUCUCCUGGAGUUGUUCGGGGGACAGUUCGUGAACCUUUUUGCGUUCCCGAGGCAUCUACCCUUGUGACCGACCUCCACGAUUUCGCUGGAACGCUUUAA